AUGAGUAUUUAUGAUGUCUUUCGAAGUCUAGAACUGGAAUACACUGAAGAGCCAGGGUCAUGGACAGACGUCUGUAAAAGUAGAUUUGUCUGUGAAGUUCAUCGUGAGUUACCUGAUCUAUGGCAAGUUACUCAAACCUGUGCUGCUCUCAUCAGGUCGUCUCUAGGGAAGGGUCCACAAGAGAACACCAAUUUCACAUUGUACAUAGAGGCUGCACAGCAAGGGUUCCAAGGUUCCGAUUGCGGAGAUUCCUACAAAGACUGUUACAUGAGGCAAAUCCCCAUCAGAUUAUCAUUGCAAGAGGCUUUAGGCAUUUACUUCGGGAACACAACUGAGGUUAUAUACAGCUAGAAAAUAUUAAUUUGAUAUUAAAGACAAGAUAAAAAGGAA